AUGCCGGCCCCAGAGGACGCUAGUGCUCAAUCUGGUCAGCGUUUCCUAAAGCAGAUGGUGCCUUACGACCCUGACUACAACGACGAGAGGCUUGCAGCUUGGCUUGAUCAGAUUGUGCAACCUCAGCGGAAGGUUUUGAGCGAUGUCAAAAUGCGGCUAACUUUCAACAAAGACAAACUUGUAAGCCGUUUGUUUGCCAAGAACGAAAUCAAUCCUGUUCAAGAGGAUUUUUUCAAGAGUGCUGAAUUCCUUCAAGUUGCAGAUAUGAUCAAAAAGGCGUUCUUCAUCAAAUCCAAAUCAACCGAUGCGAUUUUUAACGAACUCAUUCGUGCGGCUCAUGGUAAAGAGUAUGAAAUGCUCGAGUCCUUAGCUCGAAGUAUUGGAGAGCUCAGGGCUGAGGGUGAAAUCAAGAUUCGUGGGAAGACCCUUGUAAGCGCUACAACACGACCACAAAAUGCUCUUAGCGACGAUGAGGCUAAGGAUUUCAAACGUCUGAGGCCAAGCGUGCUUGCACUUGAGCCGUAUCUUCUCUAUUCGUGGAAAGAAAUGAGUGUGAGCUCGGAGCAGGCAAAAAAGAGUUUGAGCUUGGACCUCAGCAGUCCCAAUUUCUUGGAUAGCCCGCACUUGCCGUUGUACAUCAAAUAUCUCGACAUGACAUCCCGUCUAGAUCCAUUCAGAACUUUGCUUUUCGAGAUGAAGGAACAAGGCCUGCGCGACCAUGUAAUUGUUUCAAAGUUGCUGGAUGCUGGAGCAAUGACCAAACCCGAUUCUAUCCCACGAAAAAUAAUGGAUAGUAUGUUUUUGGACUGGGAUAUUCGGUCGGUCAGCUUUGCUGGGCUCUACAAAAUUUUGGUACCGGAUCUCUCCAUCACAGACAAUACCGUCAUGAUCUAUAAGGAGUUGGCUGGAGUGAUUGUUACUUCCAGACUGGUUGAGAGUGAUACUGGUGUUGAGCUGGUGGCAAUUGAAAAGAAUGUUGACGAGUAUAUGCCACCCAUCCCUGAAAGGGAUAAACAAUUGGCGGAUUUACUUGCUCUGAAUGUGUUUGGAACUGACAAAUCGUCCAUAAAUCGGUUCAAAACACUGAUCCAACAUGGAGCGCAAACGCCUUCGAGAAGAAUGAUAUCGUUUGCGGAAAAUCUUUUCGAAGGAUUGCGCAUGCAUUGGAGUGAUUGUGGUCUUUCGCCCCAAACACUUUUAUUUCUUACAGAUACGGAGAAAUUGGAACACGAAGAACUUUUAACCAGCCCUCAUCUCUGGACUUUUCUGGUGUACACUACUGAGCAUGUCCGGUCAAGUGACGAGAGAGGAGAACAGUUGUUUGCUGAGUUGCAACCGAGGUUGAGUGACGAAGAGAUUGCGAGUUUGCUUGCAGAAAUGAGAGUAGAAGACAUUAAUAUAUUUGAACCGCUGGUGAAGCGUCUGUCUGGAGAAUGGAAUUCCCGUGGUGAGUCCUUGAAAAGUCUUGCUACAACUCUUGGGUUGGAUGAGGAUCCUUUGUCAAACCCUAUAAUCGCCCCCAUGUUCUAUUACUAUCGCCAAUUUGAUAAUCUCCGCUUCGAGAAUGUUUUGUUGAUUCGCAAGUUUUUGACCAUGAAAUAUCCUGAAGGACAAGACCUUGAUGAACUUAUCAAAGGCAAAAUGGUUACGGAGAACUUCUUUCACCGUGAAGCAUUAUCUGAGAUGUUAUUUGCCCCGUGGUUAAAUGAAGGUCUUAGCGUCAAGAAUCUCAAAGGUGGCUCUGAAGCAGAAUCUGAACUGCGAGACAUGUACAGAAGUGCGAUGCGAAUUGCCAAACACAGAAAUAAUUCAACUUGA